AACAUGAUACCUAAUAUUACAGGGCAGGCAUGCCGUCACCCCUUGGAUAGAGCCCUUCAUGUGCCAAGAAGAACGUCAACCUCCAAUAUGAGCGACAGUCUUCCAGCUACCCUCUUCCUGACAGGGAUCCCAGGGCUGGAGUUUGCCCACCUCUGGAUUUCGAUCCCUUUCUGUGUCAUGUAUCUGAUAGCACUGCUUGGUAACGCUGCCCUCAUCCUUGUCAUUGGGACAGAGAGUGCUCUUCAUGCUCCCAUGUACCUCUUCCUCUGCCUUCUCUCACUCACUGACCUGGCUCUCAGCUCUACCACUGUACCAAAAAUGCUGGCCAUUCUGUGGCUCCAUGCUAAUGAGAUUUCCUUUGGUGGAUGCCUAGCCCAGAUGUUUUGUGUCCAUUCUAUCUAUGCUCUAGAGUCCUCAGUUCUCCUUGCCAUGGCCUUUGAUCGAUAUGUGGCAAUCUGCAACCCACUAAGAUAUACAACCAUUCUCAAUCAUACUGUCAUAGGCCAAAUUGUCUUUGCUGGGAUAGUUCGAAGUGUGGCUGUUGUGUCCCCCUUCAUCUUUCUGCUGAAGCGACUGCCCUACUGUGGUCACCAUGUCAUGGCUCACACAUACUGUGAGCAUAUGGGCAUUGCUAGGCUUGCCUGUGCCAACAUCACUGUCAACAUUGUCUAUGGGCUGACUGUGGCUCUGCUGGCUGUGGGCCUGGAUUCAGUCCUCAUUGCCAUCUCCUAUGGCUUCAUCCUCCGGGCUGUCUUUCGUCUUCCAUCUCGAGAUGCCAGACGCAAGGCUCUGAGUACCUGUGGCUCUCACCUUGGUGUCAUUCUGGUUUUCUACACCCCUGCUUUCUUCUCCUUCCUCACCCAUCGCUUUGGUCACAACCGAGUUCCCAAGCACGUGCACAUCUUCCUGGCUAACCUCUAUGUGCUAGUGCCUCCUGUGCUCAAUCCCAUUAUCUAUGGAGCAAGAACCAAGGAGAUUCGGAGCCGGUUUGUAAGACUGCUUCGUUUAGGGAAAGGCUGAGUAUUAAUUCUGAGCAGAGAUUGAAAAUGACAAAAAAAUACAUGGGCAGGUUAGUCAUCUAGAUAGUCAUGUGGAUGGAAAUCUGUGAUGUGUUAAUGACAACAUGACAUGCUCUGCCCACCACUCUUAAACAUACAGGUGAUUACAUUUUGUUCUGUCAUUUUAGAAGGAGAUAUCAUUUGCUAGGAGGAGGGGAAGGAAGGGAAGGAGCUAUGUUCUGAAGAGAAUACUGCACCUCAAGGUUGCAAUAGUCUACUGGCACAAUAUGGGGAAAUAAAACAAAGAAAUCAGAAUGGCAUUCAGAGUGACUGU